AUGCCUAAACUGUUGUCGGGAAGCCUGUUCCAUCACUCGACUCAUGAUAAUCACCAUGGACAUGUGACCGAUGAUGACACUAGUAGCACUAAUAGUGGUGCUACAGUUGCUGCUGGCGCAGCAACUGUAGCUUCGUUAGACAGAGAGAGUCCUCCUGCUUUGAAAUCUACUAGAUCGUUUCUAGGGUUCAUUGGGAAAAAUAGCAGUAAUAAAUCGACAGAUUCUUUAGCUAGUAAAGAUCAUCACCACAAUAAUAAUAACAGUAGCACAACACACCAUAAUAACGAGGAUGUGAUCACCCCGAAGGCGUCGCAUUCGAUGCUGGAAUUGAAACGGUUCUUUAGACCCCCAAUUCAUAAGAAACCGCAAAGUAUUCAUCCCCAUCCACCAAUUGUACAUACACCUCCAUCUAGACAACCAAAUAAAUUGUCUUCCUCAAUGAAAGAAACGUUGAACCAUCAUUCAAAGAAGGACAGAUCUGCAUCGCCCGCAAGCGACCCCGGACAUACUCAAUCAGGGAUCCCACCAAGUACAGACUCUGCGUUAUCCCUGGCAAGCAAUAUUAAUAUUUAUCACGAUGAUACUAUAUUGGCCCAAAAAUAUGGGAAACUGGGGAAAACUUUGGGAUCCGGUGCAGGUGGGUCUGUGAAGAUUCUAGUACGACCCUCAGAUAAUGCUAUAUUUGCAGUUAAAGAAUUUAGACCAAGAAAGACAAGUGAAUCGAUUAAAGAGUACGCCAAGAAAUGUACCGCGGAGUUUUUAGUCGGCUCCUCUUUACAUCACCCAAACGUCGUCCAAACUAUGGAUGUCUUUAGUGAUUCAAAACAAAAUAAAUAUUUUGAGGUCAUGGAAUAUUUACCUGUGGAUUUCUUUGCUGUAGUGAUGACAGGGAAGAUGUCUCGUGGUGAAAUCAAUUGUUGUUUUAAACAAAUUUGUCACGGUGUCAAAUAUUUACAUUCGAUGGGGCUGGCUCAUAGAGAUUUGAAAUUAGAUAAUUGUUGUAUGAAUGAAUUCGGGAUAUUAAAAUUGAUUGAUUUUGGUUCUGCCGUAAUAUUUAGAUACCCUUUUGAAAAUAAAAUUAUUAAAUGUCAUGGAAUUGUCGGGAGUGACCCAUAUUUGGCCCCGGAAGUAUUACAACAUUCGAUAAAAUAUGAUCCACAAUGUGUGGAUAUUUGGUCAAUUGGGAUAAUCUUUUGUUGUAUGAUGUUGAAAAGAUUCCCUUGGAAAGUCCCUAGAGAUUCCGAUGAUAAUUAUAGAUUGUAUAGACUUAAGGAUAAUAUCGAACAUGAUUAUGUUGAAUCUGCAAAACAUCAUGAACAGUUAAUAAAACAAAGAAAAGAAAGUAAAAAUCAACAACAUAAUGAAACAGCUGUAAAUGCAACUGCGGAUAAUAAGGAAAAUAAUAAUGAUGAAGAUGAAGAGGAUGAUAAUGAUGAUAAUGAUGAUGAUGAUGAUGAUGGUGAUGAUAAUAAUAAUAACGGAGUAACAAUAACUCCAGUAGUUCAAAAACCUGAAGAAAGCAAGGAUGCAACUGUAGAAGUUGCUGAUGACACCAAGGAUGAAGAUAAAGCAGAACCUAAGAUUGAGAAAUUACAAAUAAAUAAUGACACUACUGGGACCCCAAUCAUUCAAAACGGAAAGAAGAAAUCUGAGAGUUCCCAUCACAAAAAGACCAUACAGGGGCCCUACCGUCUUCUAAGACUACUUCCACAUGCAGCCCGUCCUAUAUUAUCCAGGUUCCUGUUAAUAGACCCGACUACAAGAGCUACCUUCGAAGAUAUCUACAACGACGAAUGGUUCAAUUCUAUCCCUACUUGCACAAUGGAUAUCGACAAGAAAACCGUGCAAAGGGCUCAGGGUCAUCAUCAUACAUUGGUACGCGAAGAAAAUAACAAAGUACUCACUUAUAAAGUGUAG